AUGGAUUUUAUACCUUUAAAAUUUUAUCGCAAUUUCUUGCACGUACAUCUCUACGGGCCUAUUACGAACACCUUUACGCGUUGGACGCGGAGUUCCUUGGAAACAUCGACCGGACGCACACUACACUCGGUCCCUUUAUGGCAGAGCAAAGGCGAAUUAUUUGCUCUAGUGACUACAAACUUUUCAUUUGAGUGGAUAGCAAUUAUUCAUCGCAAGGCCAGAUUCUCGAGAUGUGUGGUCGAACGGCUUGACACAUUACCCAAGAAAUGUACAUUGAACAUUCGCUAUCAGUCUUCAUCCAAAGGCAAAACGACAACAGUUGUACCUCGUUGGAAUACAACAAAGGGAUCCAGCGCUUACGUUCCUUCAUAUAACAUCGCUCCUGGAUCCUAUUCGGUCCCGUCGCCACCCUCCGCGGCUCUCUCCUCGCUACUCAACUACCUCCACCCGACGCGGUCAGCGCCCGCUCCCAUCCGCCCUCAGGUCCCCCACUCGCCGCCCCUGCCCCCUUCAUCCGCCCGCCCCCCGUUGCUUCCUAAUCCUCCCAGGGCCUCCCCCUCGCUCCCGCGGCACCCCGAACUCCCUCGGGGCCCAUACUGCCCCCCCUCCCUCCACGCUCACGCUCCCUCUGCCCCUAACCUCCCGGCUCGAUAG